AUGUGGCUCCCAGCGGUAAUGGAUUUACGACUCCCAAUACUCUGUUUGCUGAUAGUGGCAGAAAUAUCCCAAUGCCUGCGGAAUGUCCGCGUCACGGUACCGACAGCCGUCCGGAAGGGUGAAUCGGCUCAGCUGCUCUGCGACUACGAGCUAGAGGACAAGGAGCGUCUGUACUCGAUCAAGUGGUACAAGGGAAAGCGCGAAUUCUACCGCUACACACCACAGGAGAAGCCAUCGAUGAAAGUUUUCACCGCCGUGGACGUUGAGCGAUCCCUGUCGAACGAAAGCAACGUUGUGAUUCGAGCGCUCGAAACGAACGUUUCGGGUAAGUACAGCUGCGAGGUGUCGGCCGAUGCGCCAUCCUUCCACACGAUGAUCGUGUCCGGUGAUAUGGAGGUCAUAGAACCACCGCCGGAAAAACCAUCCAUAACGGGUCUGCAGGGCCGAUACCGACCGGGGGAUAUCCUGCGGGGCAACUGCACCUCGGUUAACUCUAAACCACCGGCAAAUCUGACGUGGACGAUUAAUGACGCACCGAUUAUCCAACAGUACAUAAAACAGUACCGCCCCAUCAAAGACACUCACACCGGGCUCGAAACGUCCAUUCUUGGUAUUAACAUCCUCGUCGCCCACAGCCAUUUCAUCAAAGGCAAGCUAAAGCUGAACUGCCGUGCGACAAUACACCAAAUCUACGACGAGAGCAGUGAGUGGCACGUCGAGGAGGAUCGACCCCGAAUACUGGCCACGGGCUCAUCUGGAGGGCACAAUCUCAAUCAGUUGUAUCAAAACUCCGUCUACGAUGGCGAGGUGACCGAUCAGAGCGAUUCGCACUUAACCAUGAACGGAUACAAAGCGGACAAAUCGCCACCCUCAUCCUCGUCGGCCAGGAAGCAGGUCGGUGCGUACGUAAAGGUGGGCUGGAUCGCGUUCUACGUCUGCACGAUCUGCUCCGUGCUGCUGUACUCGUUGCGCGUCGGAAUAUCCUGACUGUACAAUCUGAAGGAGGUGAUCAAAAUCUAAGAAGAAGAGCGAUUCGAAGAAGCAGCAGAAAAAAAGGGAUCCCGAAUCGAAGCCACGCGGGGGAGUUGGGGAAUUCCAUUCAAUUUGUAGCGCUUCCUGAGUAAUGAAUGAGCGUUGGACGAUGAAUAAAUAAAUAGAUAUAAGGCUCAGGCGCUGGUGCGCCGUUUGGAAUGGCGCGUGGAAUCCUCAUCGCUUCGAGAAUGCCUUUCUAGGAGGGAAAUAGAAGAGAACAGAGAGCUUGAGUGAGCGGGAAAAGCGAGAAGGAAAGCGGAAUGGAGAAUUGCAUUCCGUGCAGGCAAAUCAAACUAAUAACGGUGUUAAGAAGUGGAAAGGAAUGCGCAGCAACACAGCGGCAGGUUGCGUAGGAAUGCGCUGCAUUUUCCGGUCGCCGGAACGCGAAUAGGCUCUUUCGUUCGUUGUUGUCGUAUUUUCUACACAUUUCGCUUGUUGAGUUAAGGAGCGUAGUCGCAAAAGGGUGGGCGAGAGAGGUUGGAAAAUGCCUAGUUUCCUGUACAUACCACUAGGCCGUAAGUAGUUCAAUUGAUGAAUGUAUAUUUAGCGAAGAUGCCUCCCGGGAAUGGUAGCGAUUUUACAGAAGGCGCAAAACGUGUUUCUUCCUCCCAGUAUUAGCUGCAUGGGUGGGUUGUUUUGAGAAAGGAUGAAGCAAAAAAAAAUAAAAAGAAAAACACAAACUGGCAAUCAUAGCGCGAGGCUGUACAUAGUUCGGGAAGCGUGCGGGUGAGAAUCGAAAAAAAAAAAACAAAUAACUAGCAUAAGCUGCUCCUCGAUUGCGCGGCUGGGCUCAUUUUGUACUGUGCAUGUGC